AUGACUGACCCCUCAGGAGCAAAUGCCGGCGGCGCUGGCAGUUUGCAUUGGAUCCCUCCCUUACGAGGAGCCAACAACUAUAACGUCUGGCGUAUCCAAAUGGAGGACGUACUCACCGACCUUGAUUUAUAUGGACACGCAGACGGAUCAAAACUUAAACCAAACCCUAAGGUAGAAGUUGCAAUCACUGGCCGUAAAGACAAUGAAGGUAACCGCUUACCUGACUUGGAAGUCAACAGCAACAACCCCUUAUAUGCGUCUUGGAUUAAAGCCGACCGCAAAGCGCUAUCGAACAUAAGACUAAGAGUUGACGGAAGUGUACUUACUCACAUACAAGGUUGUACAACUGCCGCCGACGCCUGGUCUACGUUAGAAGCCACAUUCCAAGUCAAAGGUACUGUUGGACUCAUUGACUUACGGAGACAAUUCUUCAGUCAUUGGAUGACCAAUGGCACCCCAUUCCCCCCACGCCGUUUCACAAUUCCAUCCACACGCUCUGGCGUCCCACACCCAUACUCCUGUCCUUCCAGUCGCUCCUCUCAACGUUCCGUGGCAACCCACUCCCAAUCACCCUCUUGCGGCCCAUCACCCCCUCCGCAACACGUGCCCGGAAUGGAACCAGAGCCGACCACUGCCGCUCUCCUUGAGGCUAUCCUCAACCUCACCAACCAAGUCGGGUCCUUGCAGGCCCAAAUAUCAUCCCAAGGCCAACAGCUUGCAGAGCUCAAAGCCAUAUGCAAGGAAACCAACAACCUUGUUGGUGACAAAGAUCAGGGCGGAACCCAAGCCAAGCCUGGCCCAUCGACUGGGCCUGUUACCCCUCCAACCCACACAGGAGGGGAAACCCACACUCCAGGCACGGUUAGGCCUGGGCUCAAGGCCCCUUUCAGGCCAUCAAGAGGAACAGGGUUUGAUUCAGAGGAAGAAGAGGAGCCCAGACGCCCCAAAAAAGAGCCUUGCAGCACGCCUAGGAGCCUCAGCUCCCUCACCCCCUUUGACACGGGGUCCAGCGUGAAGCGCUCCAAGAUGGACCUCCCAGAUCCUUACAAGGGAGAAGUCAGGGGCCAAAAAGCCACUCAAUGGCUGGAUAGGAUGAUGCUCUGGGUAGCCCUCCAUCGUGAUCAAUUUGACGAGGAGGAACAGAUGGUUGUGUGGAUCCUAUACCACAUGACUGACAAAGCUGCCAACUGGGCACUCCCCAUCAUUGGGACAAUCAUCAAGGGCAAGGGAAAUCCCCCUACCACCAUAACGGCCUUAACAGCCAAAUUUAAGGAAGCCUUUGCAGAUCCCAAUGCCAAGAGGGCAGCCGCCAGAAAGAUUGCCGCGCUAACUCAGACCACAACCACGGCUGAGUAUGUCACCAAAUUCCGCAAUCUCAUGGCGGAACUUGAUUGGAACAAGGAGGCAUAUAUUGCCCAAUUCAUGCGCGGCCUUCACUGGAAGGUCAAGGAACUGCUGUCUACCAAGGAUAGCAUCCCUGACAAUCUCGAAGCCAUCUUUGCAGCGGCAAUUAAAAUUGACAAUAUCCGCCGCAAAAAUGAGGAGAACUGCCCUAAAAAGGCACCAGCCAAGUCCCCGGCCACCGUGGCCACCUCCACUACCACCACCAGGGUUCGCCUAUCCAAGGACCCCAAUUAUGUCACUCCGGAGGAACGGGAUUGUUGCCACGCAUCAGGACUUUGCGUCAAGUGCGGUCAGAAGGGUCACGGGAUCAAACAAUGCCCCAAUGGCUGGAAGGCUACCGUCAAGGAGGUAGCUAAGGUUGCAGAGGAAGGAGGGUCGGGAAAAGACUAA